UCUGUACAUUCAGCUCAACACCUAUCAACCAACCCCCUUCAUGAGGAACCGACUCUCUUUUGAAAUAUUCCUAUUCUACCUAUUAUAUAUCUCCUAAGAGCUUCAAAACACAACAAAAUCGAUAAUGCAAAAUAUCGUAUAGGAUAUAUAUCUCUCUCUCUAUAUUAUACCAUAAUGUCUCGUGAAGCAUUUUUACCAUCAAUUCAAACAAAAACAACUCCAGGCCCUGCACCAGGUGGCCUGGGAAGGGGUCUUUUCGCGUCCGCGGAUGUCAACAGUGGAGAUGAUAUUCUGCACAUCCAGAGCCCAUUUGUCGCGGUUCUAGAUACGCAGCGACUAGAGGAUACAUGCUCUGGGUGUUUUGGUAGGAAACAGUUGGAGGAUGAGGCUAUCUCGCUGAGGGGGUGUACGGGGUGCCAGGUUGUCAAAUAUUGUGAUCGAACCUGCCAAGCAAAAGACUGGAAAUCUGGACAUUCUCUCGAGUGUUCGAUUUUUCAGAAACUCACCCCCAGAGUGCUUCCUAAUAAUGCAAGAGCUGUCCUGCGCAUGGUCCUCCGCAGCGGGCGGAAGAAAUACACAUCCCAGGAAUCGGAUCUGUUUGUACAGCUCGAAACUCACAUUCGGGAAAUACGGGACGAGAACCCAGCGCAAUGGGAGCGGAUCGCACUCUCCUCAAAGGCUGUAAAGGCCUAUUCGGGCACUGAUAUGGAGGAGGAGACGAUAUCUGCUUUUGGGGCCAAGCUCGACUUGAAUUCGUUCAAUUUAACCAAUGUGCUCUAUGACCGUGUUGGCCUUUAUCUACACCCAUACGCCUCCCUGAUCAAUCACAGCUGCGACUACAACUCCGUCGUUGGCUUUGACGGCGACGAACUGUUUAUUAAAGCUGUGCGCCCAAUCAAAAAGGACCAACAAAUCUUCAUAUCAUACAUCGACGCCACUAACCCAACACACCGACGUAAGAAAGAGCUCCGCGAGAGAUACUUUUUCACGUGUGAAUGCUUGAAAUGCUCAAACCCAAGCCCCAGCCCGAAUGACAUCCAAAACAACCUUUCCACUCCCACUCCCACUCCCACUCUCACUCUCACCCCCGCCAUGGAGGCCAUCGAAAGAAGGGCCUACAGCCUCCUAGACUCGUCCUCUGCUGCUACAACCCCAGAAACAACAACAACAGCAGCAGCAACAUCCUCAGAGAUCCAAUCCACCCUAAUACGCCUCCUACAAUCCCAAUCCAAAGAACAGCAGUCUAUCAUCACCACGCAACCACUCAUCUCCCUCCGCGACGAACUAAUCGCCACUCUCAUCGCCGCCGGGAAAUUCAAAUCCGCAUUCCUGCAAGCCGCGAUCCGGUACCUCCGGAUCGACCCCGUCGUGUAUCCGUACGACGGACACCCGCUGCGGUAUUUACAUGCGUGGGCGCUUGCGAGGCUUGCGAUGCAUUUAUCCCAGCAUAUAGACGCGGCUUCUCCUCGCAGUGGUGCAGAGGCAGAGGCAGAGGCAGAGGCAGAGCGACUGACCGGGCUGGAUUUUAGUUUGGUUGUUUGGGUUGUUCUGAGGCGGCUGCUUGGGAGGGAAGAGGGGGGGUGUACGGUUCCUGGGUUUCGGCGGAUGGUUCGGAGGGCGUUUGUCGAGGUGCGUGGGGAGUUUGUGAGGAAUGGGGUGGAUUUGAAGGGGUUGGAAGGGGCGGGUAUGAGGGAGUGGGGGAGGGUUGAAGAGGUUGUCGCUGCUGUGCUUGGAGAGGAUGGGAAUGCGAGGGAGUUAAGUGCUAGGUAGGUAGGUAGAUUACUGUAGUUGGCAGGGGGGAAGAUAAACAGAAGGAUCUUGGAUUUAGAUGGUUUGGGGUGGAAGAGUAGCGGGAGAAUACCUAUCUGUAUUAUAUUGAUAUUAAUACUGGUUACAACC